CUUGGGUCGACAAUGCGGGGCUACUAUGCCGCUAUCUCUUCGGUGGCUGCACGGCAGGUCUCGACGCGCCAGUUGCAGUUGGUUGCCGUAUAUAGGAGUGUGCUGUCAGCGAAUGGCAGUGCAAUGACCAAGGACUUGCCUUUCUGGCGGAAGUUGGCCCAUGCCCUGCUGCUAUUUGCGUUGGCCCCAAGAGAGGGAGGUUUCUACUCAGUCUCGUCCUCAGCUCUUACGGGUCCACACAAGCGGCAUUGAGUUAGCUGAUGAGCAAAAGGAACCAGAGAUCCUGGCAUGGCGAAAAUGUAUUCACGGCUUAUCGAAAGCUAGAACAUCCUGCAGCACAAAUGGAGUUUUUGCAAGCCAGCCCUGUGACUACCGGCAAUCUGUGUUGCAACACUAGGGUCAACGUGUGCGGACACUGCUGCUCCGGCGUAUCCAAUGAUCGUGCAUUGCAGACGCUAUAGACGGCACGUAGGGCUGUACUGAAAUUGCACACCACUGAAACGAUAUACGACCGCCUUGGGGAAUUCAGAGGUCACAAAAGGUUGAAGAACGAUGGCUCGGCUGGCAGACUGCAGGCUCUUUUUCCAGGCUGCCAUUUUUUCAGCAAUCAUGGUCGGUUUAUUGCUGGUGGCAACUGUUUCCUGUGCCGCUGGUGGUGUUCGGCCUUCAACAUCAGUUUCCAGUGCAUCAGGUACCAAGAAGACGGAGAUCUGGCAGAUAGACUUGCUGCCCGACCAUGGCGUUGGCCAUGGUGGCGGUAAUGGUGGAGGAUUCGGUCCCGUGGCACCACCGCAACCAUCACCGCCAGUCGUUCACCACCUCCACCACCAGACCAAUGACAGGGGUUCUGUAGGCGGAGGCGUUCAUCACGUGGGGAACGUAGGGCUGGACGCAUUCUCGACAGCGGGAGGCGGCGUACCUUACGAGCAGCAAAUGCCACUCCACGCCAUCGUGCACACCCCGAUGCAGGUGGACACGACGUCCAGGUGGCCGUCGAGCUCGGACUGCGCCAUGACCAACAGGGACAUGUCGGUGGCCGCGCCGCUCGUGGCGCUCUUCGUGGGGCUGGCGCUGGCGCUGCCCAUGUUGGGCCUCCUGUUCAUCGCCAAGAUGCACCUCUUCUCGCUGCUUACGGGUGGCUCCUCGGUGCCCCAGACGGUCACCACCAGCGUCGGCGGCCGCAAGGAGGAAGUGCUAGAGCGACGGCUGGCCGACGCCUGGCCCGCCUUUCGGGACGCCGUCAGCAAAUAUGUGCUCGACGUCAGGCCCGCAGGGACGACCAAGAACAUGACUGCGCAUUCCAUGUAGAAGGCGUUGUUGGUGCUUGUGAUCGUCGUUUAAACUGAUCUAAUGAGCGAAAAGCUCCUGUCGAAAGAAAAGAAGGCAAAUAAGAACAAUGCACAAAUGUGCACGAAAAGGCACACAACUUCUCGUUCACUAUCGUACAGGAAUGAAAAAAGGGGGGUGGGGGAUAAAGACGGAUGCAAUGGCAAUCGGAAAGAACAGGCGUGCUAUCAAUACAAUACAGGAGGUGAGGUAGGGGAAAGUUUUAGUCUCUCGAAUAGGCCACUGCCACUUAAAACCUUCAAUAUUGUGUCUUGAGCGGCAACCGGUCUAACGAAGGCUUAGGUAGUCUAGCUUCCGGGAUUGCGUGAUCCGAAUGCGGCCUGUCAUCUGUACGAGCAAACACAAGAAGGGCGAAU